GAAAGGAAGUAAGCAUAGGCGGAAGCGAAAGUAAAAGUUUUCUGUUUUGUGAGACAAAUUGUCGGCGUUUCAGCUGGUGUCCAGCUUGUGUCCCAGAUAUGACUCCUAUACAGUUUAACGCUGUUUUGCUGGAUAUAUCCAACCAGCUGUCUGCUGAAGACAUGGUGAAUAUUAAGUUCUUGGUUCCAGAAAUCGGGAAAAGAAAGUUGGAGAAAAUCGACACCGGACUGAAACUGUUUGACGUCCUGACGCAGAGGGGCCAACUGUCUGCUAACAACACGGACUUUCUGUCCCGCCUUCUCAAAGAAAUUAAGAGACAAGAUCUUGUGGACAAGUUGGACGGCCAUGAAGCACCCCCCGACAAUGAACCGGACGAGACGGAGAAGGCCAAACUAGAGAUUGCAACACAGGUGAUCUCAGAGAAUCUGGGGAAGUCUUGGAGAAAACUGGGUCGCAAACUACGUGUGAGUGAUGUAAAGCUUGAGUCCAUCUCCAAGCAACAUCCCACAGACCUAGAGGAGACUGCAGUGGAGCUGCUGAAGGAGUGGAGGAAAAUUCAAGGACCUCACGCCCGGACAAAGGAUCUGAUUGAUGCUUUGAGAUCGUGCCUCUUGAACCUAACUGCUGAUAAAGUGGAGGACAAACUUACAGAGCAAGGACAUUGACAGAAACAUGCUGGACAGAUCACAGUGGACUGAGUUUAACUAUGCACACGACAACUAUAGCUGUGGCUCAAUUCAGCCAUCCAGAAAGCUCUUCAUAAAUAAAAUGAGGCAUAAAAUCACAUAUGCUUGCGUGAAUAAAUUAGUCUACAUAUAAUGAAACAUGUCUUAAUAAUCUUAAGCUCAAAACAACUAAAUUACCCUUUGUUUUGUGAAAUAGCUGUAAUUGAGACAUUUACUUUCAUGUACUUUGAUUCCAAAUUAGCUUUAUUGGUCAUGUAUAUUGUGUAUGCACACACUUAAAAGGAAUUGUUUUUUGGCCAUUUAGCCAUGCGGUGUGUCUCGGGAGCAGUUUUUUUGUUUUGUUUUGCUUUGCUCAGCUCAGCCAUGGGCAUAGAGGGGAAUGAACCAGUAAUUCACAGUCUCAAAGGACCUUCCCCCAUAAUGAUUCAUCUAAUGAUUAUUAUUAUUAUUAAUGUGUGCUGAUGCUUUGCUGAAACUAAAUGUGCCUUCACUUUGUUAGCAGCGUUACUGCCUGUGUACAGAUAGAAGAGGCUGUCUGAAUCCGUGUAGGAACCAUUGACUGACAGAACAGAUCAAUCUAUGUCACAAAGUGCUCAAAUUUUAAAGGGCUCGGAAAUGUUCAGGUUCCAAGUAGUAAUCUGAUCUCUGUUCAUGUCUUAAUGAAUGAAUAAAAUAACUUAUAGAGUGUGCUGUAAGAUGGCAUGAAA